AUGCACUGGACGACCGGCUUCCCUCACCACGAAAGCCUGACCAAACCAGUCGAAGUGUUGACCGCGGUGGUGGAUCGCCUACCUUCAGAUACAGACCGUCUGGUUGGGGAAGAAGGCCUGGCAUAUUUGUUUGCACCUGCUGCACCAGCGCUUGCCGGACAUGAGUCUGCAUUUGAUAAAGCAGCUCAAAAGCCAGGUUCCAUGAAAUUUCUCGUGCCUACACCAGAGUAUCGACCUUGGCAGUACACGAUCCAGCUUCCACUUGCACAGACGGUCUUCUCAACAGGUAAAUCGUCCACACUGAUACACAGGACAUACGAUCAUGUUUCAGAGAAAGGGCUGGUACAGACAAGCAGUCGUUUCCUUGGAAGCAAGACCGUGCAUCUUCCAUUCGAAGAACCGCACGGCGCUAUAGCAGCCAUGGUCCCUCUGAUACCCUUGACUGCGUUUCGCGUAGUCCGCAACGCUAUGGGCAACAUUAUAAGACUGCUCUCCUCCGCCACCUCAACAGACGACCUUCAACAGUCAGCCACAUGGUCAGACCCACAACCAGCUUCUCAGGAGCUCGAGGCAGUCGUGGCAGCCUACUUCAAGGAUCUCAAUAUGUCACCUGAGCCAGUCAAUGUCUGGGCUCUCAUAGCUCCGAAAGUCAAGGGGUCGUGGUCUCAGCAGAGGAACGAGGGUUCAGCCACCAGGACUAUGCGACUUUGGACGCCACAGGAAAUUCGAUCAUUAUGGACAGCAGAAGACGCGCAAAAGCAGCGGGAUCGGAUCGUCAACUCUACAACGUUGCGCAUGCUUAGGGCUGGAGGUAGAUUGCAUCGAGUUCUAUCUGGUGGUGGAGGCUGGGGCAAGAAGGCAGGGCUGCUGAGUCUAGAUCCGGACAUGGUGUAUAGCAGCCGCGAGCUUCGUGGUGAAAAGGGCUGGGACUUCAACUUCGAGGGCGAAGGAGCUGAAGCUGUGGAGAAGCAGCAGCGGCAGGCAUUGGGUGAGGUUGUGCAAGAAGGUGAGAGCAUUAUGUUCUUCCUCGCACCUCGCGAUACGGAGCAGUUCGAGGAGGGAAGGAAAAGUGCUUGGAAUUUUGUCAAUAGAGCAGACCGAUCGGCAAUAUUUGGCGCCAUACCUUCCACUAUCGACUUGGUGCCCGACGAGCUAACUUCGGACCGUGGGAGGACAACGGACGCAACGAUUCGACACCGACCCAACCUCUUCGGCGCCUACUCGGAAGGUGGACUGGCUCUCGACGUCCUCAUAAACGACCAGAGAUUAAACAAUGGCGAGCCAAGGUCCGCAAUACAUACGCAGACCAAGCUGGACGUACCAUACAGUCACUUCCGCAUCACGGAAGCGGCAGGUGAUGCAGAGGCAAUCGCUGCUCAACGAACCGCUCAUCGUACACGAGGAUCCGAUAGGAAGCGGUAUGAAGGCACGCCACGACGGGGCGAGAGUGGGCGAUCGAAUGAUGUCUCAACUUGGGGAAUUGACCGGCGACGCGAUGCACCAAAUGUUGAGCGAAUAAGGCACCGAAGUGGGAGCGAAGUAAAGAAGUUUACAUUUGGCGACAGUCUCGACUACAGUACUGAUUCCACAAAUGGUUUCAAUGCCGUUCAGAAAUCUGCUACCAGCGAGUACGCUGGAGAGUGA